AUGGAUACUCACGCGCAAACCGUCUCGUGGUACGACACCAUGAUGACCUACUCAUUACUGCACUCCGACUACCCUACCAUUGUCAGAUAUAUCUCAGGCGCCUUUAUCGCACUGGGAUUCUGCUUCUUUGGCCCCAUCCUCCUCUUGAUCGGUGUAGACAUCGCUAUCUACAUCUAUAGAAUAUGUUGGAGCCGUCCGUGGAAUCAAACCCAAAACCAGACGUCUUCGCGUGAGCCGAGGCAUCUGUCGCAACAGCAAAAGGCACCACCACCACUGGAAGCCUCGGGUGGGACGACGGCCAUCCCUUCAACAGUGACAGAUUCAGCGCGGAAACGCAUACAGCAUCCGAGCGAGUCCGGGACCGGGCACAGCUCAUUUUCUGGGUAG